AUGGACGACAUUCGUGUGGAAGACUACCUCGACGACAAACUGCAGUCGACGACCGACUUCGACGACCUAGAAACACUUCUCAGCAGUGUCGAGCUCCAGCGCAGCCAGCUGCAAGCCCAACUCGACGAUGCCACGCGCGAGCUCGACGAGGCGCGCAAGUCGUCCACAGACCGCAGCGUCGCCCUGUUAGACCAGAUCGAUGAGUUCCAGUCGCUUCAGAAGAGCAUAGAUGUGCGGUUACAGAUCAUCGCCGAGUCUGAUGCACCCGACGAUGCGAUUCGCCGCCUCGAGCCACCCAUGAAGCAACUACACAAAGUCGACCUCGCCUACCGCUACCUACUGCUGCUCCAAGACGUCGAGAGCCUGCGUCAAGCCGCCCACUCACAUCUGCCUCAAGACCCCAAGGCCGCCCUGACACCAUACACGAAGCUGAAACAGAUGUCGGUGCGCCUGAAGGAGCUCCAGGAGCAGGCGGACGGGGCGGCGGUGCAUCUGGUUACCCAUGUCGAGAACACGACCGAGAAGCUUUGGGGGGAGAUGAAAAAGAUAAUGUGGGACGAGCUGGAGGCGCUGCUGGCCCGACGUGGGUGGCCCAACGUUGAUCCGGACUCUGAGGUCGAUGAAGAGUGGCUCCAAUGCUUCGAGAAGCUCGUCGACCUGCAGGUUCCCGAGGUUGUGUACUCUUCAUCAGGCACCGUAACCCUCCUACCGCUCGACGUCAUGGCCCAAAUCUUCAUCAAGGAAUUCCGCUUCCACUUUCUCAGCAACAAGCCUACGAGCAGCCCGCAAGCCCUCACAGCUCAUUGUUUCCCGUGGUUCCUUACCUUGGUCGAAAAAUGGGAGGAUUUUCUGCGGGAUAACUUUGGUUCUGUUCUCGCUUCCCGGUUUGGCGACACCGACGUGGCGCAUAAGAUGGUGUACAUAGACCCCGUCUGCGCCUUCAUGUCCUCGAUGUUACCCGUCAUGAGGGAGAAGAUCACGGCCACAAUUGCUGAGACGGCUGGAGACACCGUUUUCCUUAGCAGCCUCCUGACGCAGCUUAUGACCUUUGAUGAGCGGCUGAAAUCUGGUUUCACGUACGAUGGCGGGAACGCAGAAGAAGAAGGGUGGGGUGGGCUCACCUCCGAGGUGCUCGGCCAACACUUCCGGGCCUGGCUCGAGGCCGAAAAGAAGUUCGCACUAGAGCGUUAUCAGACGAUCAUGUCCGCGCCAGACGCGAGGAAGAUCGACUACGAUUUCGCCACCACGGGCAAAACGAAGCCCACGUUUGCGGCCGUCCGGGUUACUGACCUGCUUCGGUCUGUCACGACGCAGUACGAACGGGUCUGGCGGUUCUCCCACAAGCUGCGCUUUCUCAUUGACAUCCAGCUCACGAUCCUGGACGAAUACCAUGACCACCUGCGGGGCACAUUGGAGGCCUACCUGAGCAUCACCUCGACAGUGGGUAGAGCGUUCGGCGUUAGCAAGGAGCAGCUGGCUGCGCUCGAGGGCACCGGCGCGUUGGAAACCCUUUGCAAAGUGUAUGGCAGCGCAGACCACAUCGUGAAUACGCUACGGGACUGGAGUAAUGACGAGUUCUUUGUCGCGCUGUGGGAGCAGCUCCAGUCGCGAGCCAAGGGCACGGGCAGCGAGAACCAAGACAACCUAGCCGGCGGAAUGAGCUACGACCAUGUGCGGGAUAAGACCUCGGCAGCGGUGGGCAAGGAGGACGACGGUGGGGGUGUACUAUUUGACGAAACCAUCUCGGCGUACAGCCAGCGACGGAAGCGCGCCGAGGAGUUUCUGCCUGAGGCCUUAGUCGAGUCGCACCGGAAGGCGUUUAAGGCGUAUCUUCACCGGCCGCAAUGGAGCACCAUCGCCGAUGAGUCCACGCCAGCAAGCGAUCUGGCCGUCACGGCGGAGCUGGACGAGCCAUUACGAAUCCUCAAACGCGACUUCGACUUUCUCCAACGCGCGCUGGGCACAGCCGUGUUCCGCCGUGUCUGGCGGGAAGCGCUCGAGACACUCAACAACACCCUAUGGGCUGACGUGCUGAUGAGCCACCGGUUCACUGCCACAGGCGCCGCUCAGUUCCGUCGUGACGUACACGCGAUCUUGGCGCUCAUCGAGCGGUACAUCCCCGACGGCUCCGGCGCGUUGGGCAGCCUGAGCGAGGCGCUCGGGUUGUUGAACCUCCCUGUGGCUGUCGACGGGCAGGACGAGGGCGCCGGGAUCUCACUGAAGCGAGCCACGGACAGGGUAUUUACCGACAACACGGAGGCGAAGAAGGUUCUCGAGGAAUUAGAGAUCGACUCAUUGACGGCGGCCAAUGCCCGGCAAAUAUUGCAGCGGAGGGUGGAGAAUGCAGAAUAA